UCCGAGCAGGCUACAGUACAUAGGAAAUGACUCAUAGGAGUUGAACUGUUAGCGUGGGUGUGUGCGCUAUUAAAACAAGGCGCAGACUCCUCCGGGUGACUCACUGUGAUGCUCGCUUUUCCAUGGUGAAAACCAGCACGGAUUGUUAAUCAGAUGAACUUUCGGGAAUCGUGUAGCCAGCAGCAAGCAGCCUGUUCUCAGCACCGCCAUGGCUUCAAACGCUCUCUGUGCGCUGUGUGGACUUAUCAUUGCGGCUGUGACCAACUUCUAUGGUGUGAACGCACAGAAAAGCCCGUGUAGCACUUCAGAGUUCUGGAAUUCAGAUUUGGACGUUUGCGUGCCAUGUGCGUCAUGCAAGCAGUAUCCAAAGACCCCAUCGUGUAACACAUGUAGGCCUGUCAUUGUAGAGGACCCCUCUGACGUGUGGAGGCUGGCAGCCAUCACCAGUUUCUCAGUGCUGGCUGUGGUGCUGGUCGGCGCCGCAUUGAUUAUCGGGGUUAUGGUGCAUCGGCGCAAGUCGCAGAAACGGCCUCUACGUGAACCCAUUGAGGAGACUGCGGGGCCACUUUAUCAAGCUUAAACAUUUCACCUCAUCCCUCUCUGGAAACAGAUGUGACAGAACCAAGGAAGACUGGUUCAGAGCCAGAAGACUCUCUGGACCAUGCUCUGUACUCUGACUGCAGGGUAUCUUUUUAAACAGAACCGGACCAUUUUUUAUUUAUUAUACUGUUCAAAGUAGGAGAGGUGCUCAGUUCUCAUCCUCUGUGUAGGUUCAAGUGCAGAUAGUCCAGUGGCGCACUGAUCACGACUUACAGUACAGCACAACGAGCAGCUCUCACACGUCUGUAGGAAUAGCGACGAUGUCACACUAGGGUGUCGUUCCAAUCGCCUUAAAAUUACAUUUAAUCACAAUUUGGAUUUGGAAAUCAAUGUUGGUGUGCAUCAAUUCAGAUUCAGACUUCUGACAGAAACAGCAGUUGUCUCUCCAGUGAGACAGAUGCUAUCUAAGACCUGGUAUAUCCUACCGCCAGUGAAUGUAACACGGCUUUUGUUGCCUGCUGGGCCGCAGUUUGGUUGCCUACCGCUCAGCAGGGUUUGAAGGGGUCAAUUUGCUGGUCAUUUUACCACAACAGCCUCUGUAAGACGAACCGCAAGUGAGCAAGACAUACUGUUUGGCACAUCAAGGCCAUGUGAAUGUAGCUACGUUUUUUUUUUUUUUUGGUUUUGUUUUAGGUGAAAUAUAUAACCCCUGCCAGUACCUCCGUUUCAGAACAUGUGUACCUGUUCUUUCAAGAGCCUGACGCAGUGAUAGCUGAAGAUGUCGAGAAAGGGAGUGAACAUUUUUCUUAUGCACUGUUACAGGGUCUCCUGAGAACAAAACGGAUCCUCCUUUUGCAGGUCAUUUCAAUAUUGUCUCAUUGUAUUUGUUUGGUGUAUUUGUUUUUGGCAGGAUUUUGCUGUAUUACCCGAAAGAACACACGUGUUACCGUCCCGGUGGUAAAUAACGUGAGAGUAUCGGUGCUUGCAGGACAGGAUGUUUGAAACACUAGACAUGCAAUCAGAAAACUGCUAACACAAUAUGGCAAGGUUGCAAGGAAUGUACUGUAGUAAAAAAAAUAACCACCUAACAUGUCUUAGGUGGAGAUACGUAAUCACAUUGCUUACUAACUCUGACUCAUUAAAUCCUUUUAGAUCCAUAAUAGCACAAAUUAUGAACAUUUUGUAGUGAAUUAUCGAUAAAUAUGGGUAAAAACUAAUUUUUUUCCUCCCACAUUGCUUUCAAGAUUUUCAAAAUUGUCUUUAUUUUCAAAUGAUCAUUGAGCACCUGUUACUUGAGGUAAUACAUCGAGAAAUCACCAGGCAAAAUACUGAACUAUUUUGCGUGUUUUUGGGUAUAGUGAUUACCCUCUGUCAGCAAAAUUUGGUAAGUAGUUAAAAUACAGAUACUUUCACUUUUUAACUAUGUUUAUAUUAUUUAUUUUUUAAAGUAUCUUGCCAUUAACUUCUAAAUAUGUGCAGACUGUUAAAGGGACUCCUGUGAAGUUUUUUUUUUCUAAAACUUCUGCCAGGCCAGCCAAUGUUGUUACUGAGCAAUAACUAACAUUUUCUGCAUAUUUUUCUCGCUUUGUAGUUUUGUGUAAAUGUAUAUACAUGCACUGGCUUCUUUUACUUAAUGCAAUUUUACAAAUAAACUGUGCUUUGUGUACCAAAUGUAUUUUCACAAUAAAAUUGACAACUUUCAUUAAAAA